CGCGCUCAGAGCGGCGGGCUGAGCGCAUCUUUCGUCUCCACGAUGCAAGCGCGCACCCUCUUCUCUUUUCGUCAUGUUGAGAGGUGUGGCGGACACGUGAAGUUUCAAAGCCUCCCCCCCCUCAAAAAAGGUUGAAAAUGAACCAUCAACUGGACAACUGGACGUUUUACAACAGCUCGGAGGAAGACGUCCUUCCUCCCAGAAACAACGUGACCUACGUGGGCUUUUACCUGCACCACCCGUCCACGGCGGCCAUCUUCAUCGUGUCCUACCUGCUCAUCUUCCUGGUGUGCAUGGCCGGCAACGGCGUGGUGUGUUUCAUCGUGCUGCGUAGCCGCAACAUGCGCACCGUCACCAACUUGUUCAUCCUCAACCUCGCUGUGAGUGACCUCUUGGUGGGCAUUUUCUGCAUGCCAACAACGCUGCUGGAUAACAUUAUUACAGGGUGGCCCUUUGGAAGCAUGGUGUGCAAAAUGAGCGGCAUGGUGCAGGGCAUCUCCGUGUCGGCGUCCGUCUUCACUUUGGUGGCCAUCGCCGUGGACAGAUUCCGAUGCAUCGUCUACCCAUUCAAACAAAAGCUGACCGUCUCCACCGCCACCCUAAUCAUCGUCAUUAUCUGGGUCCUGGCCAUAUCCAUUAUGUGCCCGUCGGGCGUGAUGCUGCAGGUGACGCAGGAGCAAAGCGUCCAGGUGCUGCUGGGCUACGACAACAAAACGACUCCUUUUUACUGGUGCAGGGAGAACUGGCCCAAACAGGAGAUGCGCAAGGUUUACACCACCGUCUUGUUCGCUAACAUCUACCUGGCUCCGCUGUCCCUCAUCGUCGUGAUGUACGCUCGCAUCGGCAUCACGCUCUUCAAGACCGCCAUGCCUACCGGCGGCAAGCCCGGUCACGACAACCGCCACAGCGUCUCCAAGAAGAAGCAGCGUGUGAUCAAGAUGCUGCUGAUCGUCGCCUUGCUCUUCAUCCUGUCCUGGCUGCCCCUGUGGACCCUCAUGAUGCUGAGCGACUACGCCCGGCUCACCGAGCAACAGUACCGCAUCGUCAACAUCUACAUCUACCCCUUCGCCCACUGGCUGGCCUUUUUCAACAGCAGCGUCAACCCCAUCAUCUACGGAUUCUUCAACGAGAACUUCCGCCGGGGUUUCCAGGUGGUGUUCAAGUUCAGCCUGUGCGCGGCUGACGGACAGCGGAAGAAAACGUACUCGCACCGGUUGCAGCCCAACUCGGUGCUGCCGGCCAAUAACGCGCAGACUUCCGUUGAGCCCAUCUCGCUGAACAGCCUGGACAAAAGCAGCUCUAGGCGGGUGCCUCAGGUUGCGGAGCAGGACUUGGUCCUGGAGGACUUGGAGAAGGGCUCCUGCAGUAGCGGCGGCGUAACAGCCGUGUCAAUUUGAAGCGACCCGUGGUUUUUCCGUCCCAGUGCCGAUCUCUUCAGGAAGCUACCUCCAAGGAAAUGAUGACGAGCUGGCGUCGUACCCUGAGAACUCAUGAAGGCACCGACCUUCCCAAAAACUUCAUGUAUAAAUGUAUAAAGGCAAAUCCUCAACAAUGUGCAAUGCAGAUUUCAGAAGCAGGACUAAGUCAUUCCCUCUGCCAACUUCAUAGCACUUUGCAGGUAUGUUUUGUUGUUGGUGGAUGCUUACGCUCAAAGCUACUGAAACAGUAUCUACUAAAACAAACUAGCCUGCUAAGCUAACAACUGGUGGGAGGAUCUAGAAAGAUGCUCUUAGAAUGGGAACCUCCACCCCACAAUAGAAAUAAUAUUAUUUUUUCAGACAUCUUACUCCAUGGACCAAGAAAAAGCAUGCUAAGCUAACCAGUCCAAACAAAACCAAUUUGGGGUGAUCCACAAACAUUUCUUCACUUUUCUUUUGACUUUGCUGCAUUUCAGAGAGCCGAAAGAUCGGACAUUCGUAAAAUAAUUAUAGAGAAAGGUGCCCGAACGUAUUUUCUGCUCAUUUUGGUACUCCAAAGACACUUUGGUAACCAAUUAUGGCUUUGUUUGUUAGCACUAGCAAAGAACAAAGGACGCAUUGCUCCUCGAAACUCAUUCAGAUCCGCCUCUUAUGGCAUCAUCAGCCUACAAAGCUGAAGCCAAUGCUGGAGAAAGCUUUUUAUUCAAUGGCCACCUUCUUUUAUAAGGCCAUGGAAUAAGAUUAAAUGGAUACAUUUUUGAUUUUUUUUUAGAUCCACCAUUAAUGUGUUUCAUUAAUUCAUUUGAAAUUAAGUACUACAAAAGAGUACUACUUGAAUUGAUAGAGAAAAAAAAAAGCCUGACUCUUUAUAAACUUGAUCUUAAUAUCCUAACAAAUGCCUUUUGAAUCAGUUGUUCCAUUCAAUCAAGAAUCAUUUUCACUAAAUAUGAUUAGUUAAUCACAAAAAAGUCUCCAGCUGAAUAGACUGAAAGGAAACAAUUUGAAAUAUAUUCCCGACAAGAUAUUUCACAUAAUACACAGCGAGUUAGCGCUAAACAUAACUAAGUAGAUGAAGCAUGUGGGCGGUCAGCAGGGCCUGAGGAUGUCAUAACACCUGUAAUCCUUUUUUCAUCCAGUGUAAACUUAGGUGCUGUGCUGCACAAACUAAACUUGGACAACUCAGCACCCUCAAGCUUUUUUUUCUUGGGUAGGGGGGGCUCUCAAUUUUCUGCCUGAGCGAUCCUCCACUGCCAGCUUGGUAUCUUUGUGUGCAGUGUUCAACACCUCAAAUAAGAAUUGCUCACCCGCGUUUGUUUCUGCGUCCCCACGUUUUUAUCUCACGUCAUUUGGUGCACAUUCGUGUUUCCAUAAGAAAAAUGGAUCAUUAAUUUCAUGUCAAAUUCAAUUCAGCUGAAAUACAAAAACUAUUUAUUCAUAUUAUUUAGACUGAUUAAACAUGUUUUUAAAACAUGAUCAGUUAAAAGAAAAAGCACAAUAAAACAAGAUACAAGUAAUUCAAAAGGUUGUAUUUUGGAUGUGAUAUAUUUUUAAGAUCUCAAAUGUUAAACGUUUGAAAUGAAAGGACUGAAUCAUUAUUUUGAACAACAUGGGGGCCAAAAUAUUAGGAACAGCUCCCUGACAAUGACUGGACACUAAAGUCCAUUAAAAAAACAAAAGAGUGCUUUUUUUUGGGAAUGUAUUGCAUUUUUGUGCCUGUGAUGCGACGUAAUGAAAAAAAUUAAAAAAUGUUUUCGGUGUUGUAAACGUGGAUGAACGUUUAGAACGUACUUGCGUCAAGUCUGCAUGUGGACGUGUAACGUGCGAGUGUGUGUGUGUGUUUGUGUUGAAUUAGUGUCAUGUAGUAUUUGUAGGUGUGUUUUAACGAUUUCGGGGCACGAUAGUUGCCCUGCUGAUUUGUGAAGGGCUACUCAUCACAUGAUCUAUAGUUACCUCAUUGAUUGUCUCGGCGGUUUAGACCGGUGUCUGUUGCUUUAUUUGACGGCUGAGUCGAAUCAAAACGGUGAAAAACUGCUGUGCCUCCAGAUAAAAAGAAACUUUCUCUCGACUUGUCCCAAAUGGAACGCAAAGAUCCAAGACGUUGCCUAUGUCGCUACAAAAAAGGUCUGUCCAUUGCACAGGUUACGUUCAAUUUAUAAAAGGCCUCUCAAAAAGUGCAGUUUUACUAUAUUCUAUAGUAUACAGUAAAUUGUUGUGGAUGCCAUGGCACACCUUUGCAAUAAUCAUGCCUCACUAACGUGGCACAGAAAUAGACUUAUUUGUAGAUGAAAAAAUAAAUAUAGAAAAGAUAAAAGCAAACAAUUCCAUCACAAACUUAUUGCAUGUUUUUGCAAUAUGCAUAUUGCA